AGCGAAGCAACAUUUAUUUCUACAGUUCAAUUUUAAAAAAAAGUAUGAUAGGCAUGUCUAGUGACGUAUCGUUACUAAUUUUACAAUUAUAAAACGUGACGUGAAGGCUGCUAACAUCCACGAAAUCUUGGCAGAGAGUAACAUUGAUCAGUUAUUGUGAAACCCUCGAAAACGUUUUUCAUAUGUUUUCAUUUAAUUUAACUAAGAAUUAUGUACAUACGCCUGUGUUUUGGUUAGAAAAAAAAAACAACUAAAUAUGUGGAAAAUAUAUAUAUUUGUUGUUCUCCCAUACGUGUUACAUAAAUGUGUUGUAGUUGGAAAUGUUAAUAGGACAGGGUAUUUUAAUCUGGAAGUGUCUGUUGGACAAACAUUAGUGAUAGCUUGUAAAAGCAGUGAUUUGAAUCACACAUUUGAAUACUGGAUUUUAGAUAAUAAUGUUAUUAUUGGACCUUCUAAUCAAAAUUUUGACAACGACACUUUCAUUUUAGAUGCCAUAUCUGGAAAUUUAACAAUAAAGUCUAUUUCAAAAGAAUUAGAUGGUAUAUAUGCUUGCGUAUCGAAAAAUAUUAUUGGAAAUGAAAGAAGAGUGGAAAGAACUAGAAUAAUAGUUGAACAAGAUUGGGAAGAAGUCUACGAACAUGACUCCAAUAUAAAUUUGAUAAGAGUACUUAUCAUAGCUGCUACGUUAGUUAUUGUAGGAAUAGGAGGUUACAUAGUUUUCAGGAUGUGGAGGGAAAGAUACUACUAUCCCAGCUAUUUAGGUCAUGAAGAUGAGGGGGGAAGUAGAGAAGAAAUUUAUAGAUCACCAACUACAUCUGGAAUAGGUAGGUCUAGAAGCCCCAGAAGAAUAGUUUUAGAAAGAAGCACGUCGCAUCCUAUAGAUAAUGAUACAAUCACUACAGAUUUUAAAAGUAUUCUAGAAAGAGCAAACAGCUAGAAGUAUAUAUGCUUUCAGUAGUACUUAAGGAAAGUAGAUUUAUAAUUUGGAAUAUCUACCUCUUUUACUCAAAAAAUAUUCAAUAUUGAUAAAUAUUUGAGUUAAUUAAAAAUUAAUUUCAAUUUAAAUAGAUUGAUGAGAUUAAUGAUGAUAUUAUUAUUUUCAACUGUACAAUGAUAGGUAAUAGUCUAAGAUCCCACCGCUUGAUCUUGCAGGUAUCUGUUUUUUUAUGAAAUUAAUUUUAAAGGAAUCAUGAGGAUGUAUGGAAUGGAUUAAGGAUAGGUUGCCUUAUAAAAAUUAGCCGAAAUUACCUGUAAUUAAUGUUAAUGUCAUUAAUAUCCUAAUAUAACUUACAGCUAUAUGUGUUUUCAGUCAAUCUUACAGCAUUUGAAAGGAAAUGGUGUCACAAAUCAAAAUAAAAAUGGUUGCCAGCUCUCAAUCGGCCGCAGCAUUAGGGUUGCCAGGUGUAAACAGGUAUAUUAUUGUUAAUUAACUGCAUUCACCUUUUUUUUUUAAUUUUGAUGCAGAAUUAAAGUUUUAUAUACAUUGAAUAUGAAAAUCCAUGGUUGCUAGUUGCACAAUGGCUGCAAACAGAGGUUGCCAUGAUUUUUGUGAACGACUCUCGCUCCAGGUAAGUGGAAGCGCAAGAGAGAAGAUGCACGCAUUGUUUGUUUCAGGUUAGCUUUGAUAUUAUUAUUUAAAUAAAACACGAUUAGUUUUGAGAACACGUUUUACUUCGUUCUUCUAUAUCUUCUAACCUAACUAUCUAAGUCUCCCGCUUCUUAACUGUCACUUGCCAGAUGACCAUAGAACAUUCAAGCUAGUACAUGGCACUGUGAAGUGUCAUAUACGUAACAUCUCCCCUUUUUGGACUUAUACUGAAAUAAUUGAAAUACUAACUAACUAACUAAUACUAUAAACUAGACAUGAAACUAAUAAUAAUACUUUUUUUUCGCUAUGUAUAAUAGUCUCUUAACCUAUUUGGUACAUUGACGACCCGACCUGAUUUGUGCAUUUGCUAUUUGCUUCCUUGACAUUUGUACAUUCAUUUGCCGUUUUAUUAUUAUUAGUUCCACAACCGUUUUCAUUAUAUACAUCAGUUCUAUUAGACAAACAAGUGUUCUCACUUGAUUCAUCAGCACUACUAGGUUUACAGUUUAUGUUUAUAUUUUCGUUGUUGUUUGACGCAUUUAUAACCGUUGGAUUUUUUGUAUUUUUUAGAGAGGAAGAAUUUCUUUUAUAAACCCUGCCAUUUUCAUCACUAACCAAGUAUGAUCGUGGAGUAUUAGUAUUUGAUAAGACUUUUCCCGGUGUCCAAUACCCAUACUUCUUCAAUUUAAAUAGUAUAUCUUGAUUUU